CUAACCCUAACCCUAACCCUAACCCUACACCACACUGAGUAUUACAUCACAAUUAACCUUUGACCCUUCGUUGUGUCAUCCCCAAGGUCGCUCCACGGCAACGAGAUCUCGGAGCUCCCAGAUGGCAUCUUCAAUGACGUGGCCUCUCUGUCUCACCUGGCCAUCGGAGCCAACCCGCUGUACUGCGACUGUCGCCUGCGCUGGUUGUCGGACUGGGUGAAGACGGGAUACAAGGAGCCAGGCAUCGCCCGCUGUGCCGGUCCGAAGGAACUGGAAGGGAAGCUGCUGCUCACCACGCCAGCCAAGAAGUUUGAGUGCCACGGGGAUGUGGAUACCAACAUCCGGGCCAAGUGCAACCCUUGCCUGUCCGACCCGUGUCUGAACCAGGGCAUCUGUCACAACGACCUGAUGGAGGUUUACAGGUGUAGUUGUCCUCCAGGCUUCAAGGGCCGGAACUGCGAGAGCCCCCUGAACGCCUGUGUGAGUAACCCCUGCGCCAACGGAGGAACCUGCCAGCUCAAAGAGGGCGAGGAGGGUGCCUUCAGCUGUUCCUGCCCCCUGGGUUUCGAAGGCCCUGCGUGCAAAAUUGACGUUGACGACUGCGAAUACAGCGACUGUGAGAACGGAGCAACGUGCGUUGACGGGAUCAACAACUACACCUGCCUCUGUCCUCCCUACUACGCAGGGGACAUGUGUGAGGAGAUGGAGGACGUCUGCGCCCCCGGUCGGAGUCCCUGUAAGCACCAGUCUACCUGCCUCAUCACCUCGGCGGGGCCCAAGUGUGUGUGCACUCCUGGCUACGUUGGCGACGACUGCAGCGUGGACUACGAUGACUGCAGCGAGCACCGCUGCCUGAACGGCGCCCAGUGCCUGGACGAGUUCAACGGCUACUCCUGCCUCUGCCCCGAUGGCUACAGCGGUCAGCUGUGCGAGGCGCCCCCGUCGGCGCGGUCGCUGUGCGAGCUGGCCGACUGCCAGAACGGGGCGCCCUGCGUGGAGCGGGGGGGACGCGCCCUCUGCCAGUGCCUGCCCGGGUUCGGCGGCCCGCGCUGCGAGAAGCUCGUCAGCGUCAACUUCAUAGACCGGGACUCGUACCUGCUGCUGUCCGACCUCAAGAACUGGCCGCAGGCCAACAUCACGCUGCAGGUCUCCACGGCGGAGGAGAAUGGCAUCCUGCUCUACAACGGAGACAACGACCACAUCGCCGUGGAGCUGUUCCAAGGUCACGUCAAGGUCAGCUACGACCCAGGCAGCCAGCCAGGUCACGCCAUCUACAGCACUGAGACCAUCAACGACGGGCGGUUCCACACGGUGGAGCUGGUGACCUUCGAGCAGAUGGUGAACCUGUCCAUCGACGGGGGUCUCCCCACCUCCAUGGACAGCUUCCGGGCGGCGCGCCCCCUCACUGGGGAGGCCCCGCUCUACGUGGGGGGUAGGGGCCCUCACCACACCACCCCCUCCUCCGCAGGGAUGCCCGUGGAAGGCCCCUCCGCGGCGUUCCGUCUCUGGCAGAUCCAGAACGGCUCCAGUUUCCACGGCUGCAUCCAGAACCUGUACAUCAACAACGAGCUGCAGGACUUCACCAAGACCCAGAUGAAGCCGGGCGUGGUGCCCGGCUGCGAGCCCUGCAGGAAGAUCUACUGUCUGCACGGGAUCUGCCAGCCCGACGGAGCCCAGGGGCCCGUGUGCCACUGCCAGCCUGGCUGGAGCGGACCCCACUGCGACCAGGUCGCCGCCAACCCCUGCCUGGGGAGCAAGUGUGUCCAUGGAAAGUGCAUCCCCUCGGUCGGCCAGACGUAUCACUGCGAAUGCUCCGAGGGUUAUCACGGCACCCUGUGCAACCAGCAGGGGGAGCUGUUCAACCCCUGCCGCCGCCUGAGCUGCAAGCAUGGCCGCUGCCAGAUCUCGGACACGGGAGACGCCUACUGCCACUGUGAGAGCGGCUACACCGGAGAGCUGUGCGAUGCAGAGUCCGAGUGCCGAGGAGAGCCCAUGCGGGACUUCUACCAGGUGCAGCGGGGCUACGCCAUCUGCCAGACCACGCGCACGGUGUCCUGGGUGGAGUGCAGCGGGGCGUGCGACGCCGGGGCGUGCUGCGCCAGCCAGCGCAUGAAGCGCCGGAAAUACACCUUCGAGUGCAGCGACGGCACCUCCUUCAGCGAGGAGGUGGAGAAGACCAUCAAGUGCGGCUGCGCUGGCUGCAUGUAGCGGGGGCCGCAGCUCCCCCCCCCGCCCCCCUGACCCCAUCCACCCUGCGUCCGUCACCCCCCCACCACCGCUGUAGCUGCGCUGGGUGGAAGACUGGAAGAGAAGGAAGGAGGAGGAGGAGAGUGGACUGGAGGAAAGAGAGCGAGACAGAAAGUAUAAAGAAAAAAAUAUAUAAAACCCUCUAUCUAUAUAUUAUGGACAACGAUGUUUGUAAAAUAGGACAUUCCCGUCCAUGGUCCAAGGAUGUAGACCUACAGUGACACGGGGAGAAGCACAACAGCAACUUCUCAACGUCCAAAAAGAAGAAGAGAAAAAAUCCCCAACAGAACCCGUUGUACCUUCGACGUUGCUCCAAAAGGAUCCACAGAUUUCCAAGGUGUUGCUGAAGCGUUCAGUGAGGUGUCCCCUCCGAUACCCCAAACACCCCCAGUGUGACACCCCCAUCCAUCCAUCAAGCCAUCCAUCCAUCCAUCCGUCCAUCCACCCCAGGUGUGUCAGGUCGGUGUUGGAGCCACUGAGCCACCUGUUCACCAUCUGAACUUUCUAGAGGCAGUUGGGACAAGGGCCGCCAGACUGGCAACCGAUGUCAGAACGGCACAGAUAUGACCGUAAGCGGACACAAAGGUGAAGAGAGAGAGACAGACGGAGAGAGAGCGAGGGAUGAAUGAGCAGAGGAGCUGGACUGCAUGACUUGGUGAAGCUGGAGGCGGAGCUUGGCUGGGCCUCGCUGGACUGGGCUGCCCGGGUCAGGUUCAGCACGUCGCUCUGAGGGUAGGCGGGGAUCUCUGGCCGCUCAUUCAUUAACACAUUGCAUAUGGAGAAUGGAACAGGUAGGGUUGGAGCCGGCACAUCAUCCAGUUGGGAUAUACGCAUAUAUAUAUAUAUAUAUAUAUAUAUAUAUAUAUAUAUAUAUAUAUAUAUUCAGACUUAGAGCGGCAGGUGUUUGGGUGUCACAGUUGUACUGUGAGCCACCUUGCAUAGAGACUCCAUAACUAAGACUAGACGGCACUGACUAGCAGCACUGAGCACUACAGUCAUAGACCCCCUCCAAAGUGCAUGGACACACACACACACACACACACACACACACACACACACACACACACACACACACACACACACACACACACACACACACACACACACACACACACACACACACACACACACACACACACACACACACACAUCCAGUGCGCAGAUUGGUUUUGUCACAAAUGAAAUCUGUUCAUCUCCACACCCAUCAGAGCGGCCAGUGCCCGGUGGUAUUCAGUUUCCCAGCAUGCAUUGCCUCAGGGUUAGGAUGAUUUGCAUAAUCUGCCCCCCCCUUCCAAGCAGGAGGUAGUCUAGUCCCCCCCCCAUGCCUGCAGUAUUAAACUUGUGCAAACUGUUGCAUGUGUGGAGAUGAGUUUGACAAUGAAUAUGUAGAGCUUCUUAAUAUCAUGUAAUUACAAAGCAAAAGAUUGCAGAUUUUGUUUUGUUUUGUGUUAUUUCUUAUAUUGAUUUGUGUUACUUUUUGUUUUGUUCUGUGAUGUAACCUAACUCCUUUAGCCCCACCACUUUAUACAAAAAUGCCUAACAGAUUCUAAUAUAUAUACAUAUAUAUUUGUAUUUCAUUUUGGUAUAGUAUUUUUCUAUGUUUAAGGAGUGAGUCUGUGUUUUUUGGAAGCUAUGGAACUAUUAAUGGCAUUAUUUGGUUCCAUGGUGUUUUUAUAUGUUAAUUUCAUUUCCUCAAACAAGCUAAUUAGUAAUCGGCCAAAAUAAAUAAGUAAACACAUUUGGUUGGCCUUGUUGUGUAGGAGGCAGUAUUGAUUUAGAAAUAUGUUUAAUAUUGUAUAUGUUGUCUUCCAUGUGAAUAUUACAUCUAAUUCCGUGAGUGUUUUUUAUUUUAUUUAUUUCAUCUAAAGGCUCUUUCCUGUAGAAAGUAAAAGGCAUUCAUGCUGCUGACUUUCAGAUAUUUUCAAUAAAGUUUAAAAGAAAAAAAGUUAAAAGGAAUACAAAACAAAGAUAAUUUUGCAAAAAAAAAAAAGAGGAUUAAAUGUAAGGUAUUUGUAACUUACUGCAGUGUUUCACCUUGUCUGGCUCAGACAUUCCCUGUUGCUGCUGAGGCAGAGCUAUCAAUAAAGGUAGAAGUGGCCCCAUUUCCAUUGAUUUGUAUUUCCACAGGAAAUUCCGUAACUCACGUGAAAACAGACUUUAUAGGCUCCAGAUUCUUUUGAUUGUUUUUUUAUUUUUGUUUUGCUUAUUAUUUGGGUUGCAUUUCUAUCAUUUCAACUUUUAAAACUGUGGCAUUUUUGUUUGACAGAAUUCAACUGAUCAUAAGCUUUGGUCAAGCCAGUAGAAAUAAGACGCACUAUGAGUUGGCCACGGGGACAUUGAUCAAGGAUUCGGUUUGUCAUCCGCUAAAUGUUUAAAAAACUUGUAACCAACUACUGAGAGGUUAGGAGGCUCUGUCUGUUGGUAUUUCUAUCAACAUUACCUGGCUACAGGAUACACAAAUUAAAGAAGAUAUGUGUGCCAUUUUAAAGUGAACAAAACAGUUACACCUGAAUGUAUAAAUAUGUAUAAAUAUGACCUAUGCUUAUUCAUAAAGUGGUUAAACUAUUAGCUGUUUAGUUUCCAAUGUAAGAUACAUCCAUUGCAAUUUAUUCUGUACGUUGGCGGUUCAUCAUAAGGAAAGCGUAGGCACGGUCAUACAAGUCGCCGGCCUAAAUGUCUAAUCUCUUCCUAAAGUGUGAAAAGCUAACAGAUCUGAACCAGUUCAAGGUCUUUCCUAGAUGUCCACUCCAGAAAGCUUCGCUAAAUAACCUUUUCCAAAAUGUCUGCUUGCUUUUACACUAGGUUAUUAUGUGACGCCGGUGGUGAACAAUAGGCCUAGCUCCAGAGGGGAUCUAGUGAAGGAUACUGGUUGAGCAGUCACUGUCGUCCUCAGAUUGGGUACAUCUUCACAGGGAGAAGGUCCACGUUGUGUUGGGUGUGGCUUUAUCCUUUGUGUCUCCUCCCCCCACCCCUACUCUUCCUGUUACACUGAGGUCUACUGGUGAGAGUAGACGUGUCCUCUGUCGGUGGCCAUCUUAGUGGUACUUGUGCUAUGUUGAGAUGUAAUUCAGUUUUCAGGUCAGGCGACCGGAAGCUCCAAGUUUAUAUCUUCCAUCUUAGGGAACUGUAUUUGUCAAUGAUAAUAAAAAAGAAAGGCACAAUGUAUCUGUUGUAAUGAACUGGUGCGAAAUCGAAGAUAUGUUAUCUGGUUGGGCACCACCCUGCCGAUCAAGUGUUUUUUUUUUUUUUUUUGUAUAAUGGUGGAAUUGAACUGAGAAACUCCCAAUAAUGCUGAAUGUAUGUAGUGCCACCAACAAAUGUUUACCAAAUCCCCACUCUUUUCAUUCAUUAAACUUUAAUGUGUGUGCUUUUAAA